CCGCUCGCGGAUGCGAAAGACACGGUCCUCCCCCUAGAUUUCUCCCGGUUCUAUUUGUUCUCUCCCUGGUGGUGUCGUGCCGUGCCGUGCCGUGCUACUUGUGCCGUACCUUGUGUGUUUUGGUUCUGUUCAACUCGUCCUCGUCCUUCGGGGCUGUUUAAUUCCCGUGUGUCGUCAUCAGCUGCGGCAGAAGAUCUCGGUUUGCAGCAGCAGCCUUGGGCCGCUGAUAUAUGAUCGUACAGGGUCUGCCUGCCCAAGGUGCGUCUACGGGCUAGUGAAGCCACUAGAUCGGUAGUAGUAGGCUAGAUCGCAGAGGACCAUCGUAUGCAGAGAGCAAGGUUGUCGGGUUACAAAACCGCCCAAUCAAAAUAGAAUACAAAGCAUCCAAGUGCGCUUAGUGUGUGGUGUCCCCAACAACGACAACAAAGAGAAGUAAAAUACGAGAAAAAGGCGUAAAAGAAGGCGCGGUUUGUGCUUAGAAUAAAGGCCAAAGCAUCGUGCGUGCGUGCGUGCGUGUGUGUGCAGAAGUGCGUGAGUGUAGUGGGGUUCCGUGCGUGAACCGUGUUGUUGUCGUCUAUAAGGUGACGUUGUUCGUCACACACAAAAAAAAGAGGGGAGUCGGUUGCUUCGAUGUGUUGUGAGCGUGGUGCUGGUGGUCGUGCGCGAUCCGUGUGUGACAGCAGCAGCAGCGACAGUGGAAAAUUUUGAGAUCUCUUCCGCAAAACAACAGGACAGGCGGGUUUCACGGUCUCCCCCCCGCCCCAAAGCAGUGCGUGAGAUUCGUGUGUGCGUUUUGUUAGUUGUUUGCCCUGCUGUGACCUCUCUCUCUCUCUCUCUCGGUUUUCUCUAUCCAAAAAUCACAUUCCCUCCGGCAACCGGUGUGUGACGUAUGGUGGUUCGUGGUGCAUCGCGGUCAUCGUUAGUGAGUUCGGUUGUGGUAGGUCUAGUAGUCCUGCCAUCGGUGCAUCCUUAAAUUGGCCACCCAUUCGCCAGCUGAAGCGGUGCGAUCCUAGUAGCAGCCCGCGUCUCACCUGUUCCGGACCAUCCCUCCCCCUUCGCCCGUUAGUAAGCAGCCUGUAACCGUGGAAACCGUACAGGACGGUGCCGGAGACGGAGGCGGAGCGCUCACGACGAUGAGCCUUAAGAAAGCCAGCCGCACCAAGAGCCUGUCGCUGAGCGGCGAUGACUUCCCGUUACGUCCGGCCGCCGCCAGCAAACCGAAGGCGACCUUUGCCACGGCAAAGCGACCGGAGGAUACGCUCAAGAUUAUGAAGUACAUCGAUGAUAACGUGAUCGGCAAAGGAGUCGCCUUCCUGGGACCGUACGGUCGUCGUAAAGUUGUGUAUGCGGAUUAUGCUUCCUCCGGUCGUUCGUUGCAGUUUCUGGAGGAUUACAUUAACAAAGAGGUUUUACCGGCGUUUGGAGAUUACAGUUGCAUAUCGGCAGUUACUGGACUGCAAUCCCAUUUGUAUGAUAAUGAAGCCCGCGAUUUGGUACGUGCCGCCGUCGGUGCCAUCGCGGAGGAUGAAAUCGUUUUCUGCGACAAUCCGGCCGAACGUUUGUGCUACCUGCUGUCCAACCCGAACGUGUGCGACCUGAGCCAGCCCCAGUUUCACAACAUUUCUCACAGUGCCAACCACAAUACCUCGAUCACUAGCAGUCUACACAAUUCGUUGCUGCUCGGUAGCCUUCGUCAGAACAGUUUCUCCAACACGUCCACCCUGUCGGAGGGUGGCGAGUGUAGCACCAACCUAGUAGCCCCGAUACUGUUCGUUAGUACCUCCGAACCGGUGGCCAAUCUUCGCUCGUGGAUCGACGCUGGUUGGCAGAUCGAACGGAUAGCGAAGAACCAUGAAGGAUUCCUGGAUUUGGUCGAUCUGGAGAAGCGGCUCCAGCAGUACGCAGAGAACCGGCGCAAAAUGGUGGGACUCUUUUCCGGUGCCUCACGAUUGACGGGAAUUCUGGCGGAUGAUGUGGCCACCACCAUUCUGCUGCACCAGUAUGACGCUCUGUCGAUUUGGGAUCACAGCAUGGCCGCCUCCUGUGCACCGAUCUGCACCAACCCGGUACUUCCCGGUGCCCAGAAGGAUGCCAUCUUUUUCCACUGCAACCGGCUGGUCGGAGGAGUGCAGGCUCCGGGUGUGCUAGUCAUUAAGCGUAAACUGAUCGAACAUAGUACCUCCUUCUUGCACGAUUCGGUCGGUGUCGUGAGUGCGGUCCGUGCCGGUCUGGUGUUGCAGCUGAAGGAAUCACUCGGCUCUCAAGCCAUUAUGGGCCGGAUGGAGAAAACGUGCAAGCAAAUGCUGGCACAUGUGCGCACGAUCCCGGAGAUUGUGCUUCUCGGACCACCGUGUACCACGGCCAAGCGGCUCACGACGCUGUGCUUUAUGGUGCGCCAUCCACGAGGUGCCUUCCUGCAUCAUCGCUUCGUGGUGGCGGUGCUGAACGAUGUGUUUGGGAUUCAGGCGACGGCCGACAAUAUCAUAAGCGAUUCGCUCGGCAUCAAUCCGCAGCUGAUGGUGGAGUACGAGAAGCUGCUGAACGACGAGUCACUGAAUGCCGGUUGUCUGCAUCCGGGUUAUACGCGCAUUACCUUUCCCUUCUUUAUGCCCGAAUCUGAGGUCGGCUUCAUCCUGGAGGCACUGAAAAUGGUGGCCACCGAGGCUUGGAAGCUGCUGCCCCAGUACGAGGUCGACGAGCGGACGGGCGAAUGGCGCCAUCACUCGAACUCGCUCGCCAAGGAACGCAAAUGGCUCGGGGCGAUCCGCUACAUCGACGGCAAGAUGCUGUUCUCCGAUCGGCGCAUCUCGGGCCCCGGUACCUUCCCACAGAACUACUCCGACUGUCUGCAGACGGCACGGAACCUGUUUAACCGGGCACGCAAAACGGCCCAACGGUCCACGGCUGAGGAGAUCGUACUGAAGCUGUCGAAUGCGGCGAUGGAGAAGCUCCGGUGGUACAUGCUGUCCGGUGAGGCACACGAACUGCUGCUCGGCCAUUCACACAAUGUAAAAAAUACGGUUCCCUUUGACCCUACGAGAAUACCUGAGAAUGCGUCGCUCAUGUUGAUCCACCGGCACCACAGUCUUUCGGCACUCGAUAUCAAGCGAUUCAAGAGUCGCAGCCUACCGGCCUCUCCGCUACAGAUAUCAACGAGACGGCAGAACUCUAGCUCACCGUGCCAAUCGCACAGUCCCACACCGACCUCCUCACCGCCGAUGGUACGAUUCUCGGUCGGUGGUGAGGUAACCACCAUGCUCAACCCAUCACCGAUGGCAUCCGGGGCCAUUGUGGUCGGUGCGGGCCGUGAUAUGAGUGUCAGUCGCAAUAGAUGUCACAGCUGGGGAGCCGCCAGCUAUCGUGCCGCUAUCGGUGGACGUGAGAGUCAAGAUGCUAGCGUUGGUACCAGCGGCACUGUGGACAGUUCUCGUGGUACUAGCGGCAACGGUGGUGGUGCUGGUGGUGGUGAUGAUACCGGUGCUCACGAUAGUGCCGCUGUUGCUGGUGCCACUAAUCUGCACAUACUGAGUCCACAAACCCGCAUAAGUCUCGGGCUGGAUCAGCAACAUCCAAUGCUACAGCAGCAGCGAUCGGUUCAACUACAUCAACCCAUGUCCUUCAGCCAGCAACAAGUACAAACGCACCAUCAGCAGAUCCAAAGACAAGGUCAUCAUCUACAGCAACAGCAACAGCAGCAGCAGCAGCAUCAGAGACCACCACUUCAUCGUCCACUGUCGAUGGCGUACGGUUCCACCGCUAGUCCACCGAUUCAGCUGCGCCCUAAACAGAGAUCCUGUUCGUGCAGCAGCCAGACGGAUCUCAGCUUACAGCGCAACGAUAGCCCACCGAAGGUCACGACCACUGGAACGGCUUCACCAACACCGAGCCUUCCCAAUUUGCGGUCUCUGAUGGGAAGCAGCUGCGGUGAAAGUACGGAAGACAUUCAGGCGUACGUGAAGGAGGUCACGAAGGAGCUGGCUACCGAGAUCAAGUCGGAGAUCAGGGAGGUGAUCAGCAAGGUCGAGGAUGUGCUCGAAAGCACCGACAGUAUAGAUCUGGGCAGUAUGGUAAACUACAAUUCAUUAGGACAUCUAAGCCAUCCGCCACCGGUCGAAAGCAAGCGUGAUUCCAUCUCUACCAGCGACGUGGUGGACUAUCUGCGCGAGUUCAGCAAAGAGAUGACGAACGAGGUGAAGUCCGAGAUACGGGACGUCGUGAAUGCGGUCGAUGAAAUCAUCUCCCCGGAAGGGUUCCUGGGUUCGCGCAAGAACUCCCCACCGGAUAUAAUACGCAGCGGUGGUGGUGGUGGUGGCACAGCCCAGCACGGUUCCACCGGUGGCCAUAAACUCUUGAUCAAACAACGGUUCAGCGAUGUGACACCGGAAACGGCCAGCCAGCGUCCACGAUCGGCCGACAAUGAGAAGCACCGGUCGGAGUCGUUCCCGAGGCCAAACUCGGCCGCCAGUCCGGACCAUCAUGGGAUCAUGGGCCCACCGUUGCAUUAUACCGGCGCCAUUUCGAAACAUGCCGAUCUCCGGUCGAGCAUGUCAUCCCAGGAUUCGGGCAUAAAUAUGAACUUUUGUGAUGCCACGGAAGAGCAUAGGGUGAAGGCAAUGCGAACGACUGGAAGUGAUAGAAUCCGUACGGUAUCGGCGGAUAUCGACAGCUCGAGCAUCAGCAAGCAAUUGCUUCCACCGAAACGGCUUAUCUCGGAGCCCGCCGGUGGCUCGAUACUCGAAUCCGAGGGCACGGAACAUCGGCAACCAUCACCGCUUGAUGCUGGCUGUGCCAUUAAAUCUACCUUUACCCGGCAACAGCAUGUCCUUAACCGUACACCGUCGAUCGAAGUCGAGCCGGCGUUAGUGACGGGCGACAUCCAGUGGCACAACAUGCCGAAGGAAGUCUGGAAGCAGGCAGCCGAGCUGAUCGUGAAGUUGAUGGACUUGUUUAAAGUUUAAACCGCGAAUGCGAGUAGCAUGAUGUUACAUCUAUUACUGAGACCGGAGUCUGGUGUAUUUUCAACAUUAUUCCCAAACUCGUUAAGAAGGUGUGGUGUGUGUUACAAGCAACACGUGUACAGCGGUGCGUUGCUGUCGGACACUUUUAACCCCCAAAACUCCUGGUGACGCGGUUGCAAAGGCACGCAGCAGUAAUCCAACACAUCAGAAGUAACGGAUUAAAGAAUUUCAGUCAGCGCAACAAGAAACAAUGAUGAUGAUUGUGCAGUGUGAUGAUUGCUUUGCAAAAAAUGAGAUAUUCUUUUAUUUUGCAAUCUAAUAUUCGUAGUUUGUACGCAUCCCCUACUCCCCCCUUAAAGCCUUAAUUGCUAUCUCCUGUCAAUGUCUAUAUCUUAUUGUAUUUACUAUUCCCGUGGUCUGUGCUACCCGAACACUACGUCUACCUUAUCUUGGUUUAGUUGUACUUUAUAUUUACUCUAAGGUAACAAUGAUUGGGGUUAAUCCGUGAUGUCUGUGAAUGGUUUGCAAACUUGUGUGAUUGUACAGUCGCCAGCAGCUGGCGAUGAGGAGCGAGCGUUGAGCAACUCAGUGAGCGCGAACGGGACAAGUUACUUAACUUGCGAGAGGUUUAUGAGUAAAAAGAAGAUUGUAAAAGAGUAAAAUAUAUUUUAGAACAAGUUAAAGUGAAUGUUUUUUUUUCUCCCUCUCUAUUCAUCCGCGGUCAUGAAUCCAAGAAGUAAAAUGCAAAGUAAGAACAGCACGUGCUAAGUGUGGUGCAUUUUUUUAAUCUAUUCAUUUGAAUUUGAAUCGGCCGUUUAUUAACCGUUCCUGAUUAGUGAACACUAGCGCCACUCGUAUUAGAUGCGGUAAUUAAAGACAACUAAUGAUUAGGUAGAACAAUGAAAUCGAAGUGAGCUCACGAUUGGUCACAAUUCACCAUCACGUAAUUCCAGUGCACGUGAGUUUGUCUGCAUGCGGCUAACGUCGAGGAAAGGACCUCGCUUGGGCCAACUUAAACUAACUGGUGGAUGAGCUAACACUUUAAUCAAGAAAUUGCGAUACUUCCACGCUCGAUCUU